GUGCUGAAGUUGGGCGGAUUGGAGGAAAGACACCUCCGAUGGAAACCGCGGCGGCGGCGGCGUGCAUGCGGACUGUGCGGAACAGCCAUCGGGCAGCAUCUCGGCGCGGCAGCAGACUGUCAUCUUACAUUUAAAAAAGGAUGUGAUUGUCUUGCCCUCUGGAGCAUCUCGGUGAUGAAUGGUCUUGAGUUCUGCUGAGGAUCAGGUGGUGAAAGGUGGUGUCCAGACCCAAACGCAGACCAGCACCGCCUCCGUCGUCUACCACAGCUCCACCCCGAGACAACCCUGGAAGACACAACCUGAAGGAGACCCUCUGGUCCAGCCUGACCCUCUUAUCUUCCCACCUGGCCUCCUUCCCCGCCUGGUCAGGGAUGGUGAAGGGCGUGCCGACUGGAGGCUGCCCUGCUCUCCCCUGCUUGUUUCUCCUCCCAUCCUCCUCCACAUGAUGCUCUUGUCACCAUGAUCGCCCUACCUAACCAGUCUAAGGACACCUGCUAAUUCGUCCGGCCCAACGUCCUGACGGUGCUGAAAUGCGAAAGCGGCAACAGCCACACGUGGAAGGAGCAGCCGAGCCGCCCGGGGUCCCCAGGUCCAACACGUGCUGCCUGUGCUGGUGCGGCUGCUGCAAGUGCCCCUGGAAUGAAGACCGGGUGGAGUGUGCAGAGCGACAGACGUGCACGAAGAUGGACAGCAUUGAGGCUGCAGAAGACCGGAGGGCCACGCUGGACGAGGUGCUGUCCUGGUCCCGCAGUUUCGAGAGGAUGAUGCGUUCGGCGGAGGGCCGGAAUGUUUUCCGAGAGUUUCUGCGCUCGGAAUACAGCGAGGAGAACCUCCUGUUCUGGCUGGCCUGCGAGGAGCUGAAGAGCGAGAUGGACCCCAAUGCCAUAGAUGAGAAGGCCCACAUCAUCUAUGAGGACUAUGUCUCCAUACUCUCGCCAAAGGAGGUCAGCCUGGACUCCCGGGUACGGGAAGGCAUUAACCAGAGCCUGGCAGAGCCCAACAGCCACAUGUACGCGGAGGCCCAGCUGCAGAUCUACACGCUGAUGCAUCGCGACUCGUUCCCCCGAUUCCUCAACUCGGCCACUUACAGGGACCUUGUGACCAGUAUGAGGAGCAGCUGCCUGGACACUUAAACCUGCGCGAGAAAGGAAAAGAAUAAUAGGAAACAGAAGCGAAAGAAGCGUAGUGCCGUGACAGAGAAGGUAUGGACACCGUGGGUCUGAUCCAGAGAGAAUCACGAAGCCAUGGAAGCGACGCCGCUCUUUCCCACGUCGCCUCCGGCAGCUGCGAAGCAGCGAGUGUCAGGAUGGCAGAUAUUGUACUGUAUUCUCAAAUCCCUCUCCUUACCCCCCCCCCCUCCCUCUCUCUCUCUCUCUCCUCACAUGUUUGAACUCAGCUUCAAAAAAAAAUGUUGCUUUGAUGAGCUUGAGCUCGGUGAGUGAGAAGCUGACUGACUCUUGGUCUUUGGCCCCAUGUAUGUUUAUUUGUGUUUGGGUUUAACCCUGACAGGCUUCUGAUGUAAGUGAAGGGAAUGGAAGAUUUUCUUGUCAUUUUCUUAUGGGCAGGGAGCGUUUUUGUGGCCCUGCUUUGUUCCGCUACCAAGCGAUUCUUUCAAUUUCUGAAACUGGGAAAAAUAAGGGCUAAGUGUGUGGCAGCUAGGUGUGUCGAAAAGAGAAAACACCGGAGUAACACGUGAGCGUGUCAGCGAGCCUCGCGCGGCCUAUGUGGCGAAAACAGGCUGAGCCCCCCUUCCCCACCCUGACUCUUCUCAAUCGGCGUUUUACUGGGAGAAAACCACACAGCCGUACUGGGGACAGGAUCCAUGUUUGUUCUUUUGUGCGAUAAGGUGCCACUUUUUGUUUUAAUGGAAUGAGUAGGAACUGUUUCGAUGCUUCAUUGCAUUGGGAAUUUGAUAGUUUGCUUUUUGGGUAUAUUAUCUGCACCAUUUUGAAUUCUUUCUCGGUGGUAUAAGAGGACAACAUACGUGGGGUUACCAGCGAUAUGGGAACCACUGGACAGGAGUUACUGGCUAUACUACGAUUUUUCUAAGAACAGCCCCGGGUGAAUUUCUGUGACAGGGUCUCCCCCCAAGCCACCCCCUCUGUGUUUUCGAAGCAUGUAUUUUUGGGGAGUGGGGGCUCUGGGUUUAACCAGUCAUGUACGUUCUUGGGGGUGAAUUCUUGUAGCUUUUCAGAAAUGUUUGAAAAUGAACUAAUUUCAGUUUUCCCUAUGGGGGGGGGUCAACUUUUUAAAUACCCUUGUUCCUUGACAGAGUAGUUGUACAUGCCAUAUGACCUUACAAAGUUUGUGUUGGGUCUUUGGCCUCUACCUGUCCUGUGCAUGAGCAAAAUUGUUAGUGUGCAUUUAUCAGUAAUCAUUGGACUGGAGUGGUUGAAUGACAGUGGAUCCAGCCAAUAACAGUAGUGUAAUUUGCAUAUAUGAUUUUCUGGUAAACACAGUGGAUAGUGCGCGCUUCUGCUGAAGGCCACACGAGGGCACUGUGCUCAACCCUUCAGUUCUAGAGGAGUCAACAAGAAUCCAUGGGUCAUUUAAGUGCAAUUGAAUAGUAUUCAAGACAUCUUAAGUUUGUUUUUUUUUGAACAUUCAGGUUUACAAGGUUACUUGUUCUAUCCAAUCAUAUGUAGCUAGGAGUCCAGUUUUUGGCAUUACGGACACUUGUAAAUGUUCCCAUUUUGUACAGCAAAAUGUUUGCGGCUUGAUGUCGGGCCCGAAGCCUGAGAUCAUCAUCAUGGUCUGAUAAGCUCCAUCUAGUUGACCUUUUGGUGUUAAAAUAAACACACACACGGUUAUAAGUGCAGAUGCAUGGGCCAGCUCCUGUAGUUCUGUCCUCACAUGUUUAAACUUCUGUUUACAAGUAUUUUGGUUAGACAUGGCGUGGAAAUCACGCACAGACUCUGAGUCCCCUGUGUCUCGCUCGUGGAAGCAGCAGAGGGUUUACAUGGAGAAAUGUAGGGUUAUCGCAGUGCACUUACUAUCUAUCCAGCACUUAAAAUAACAGAUUUAUCCUUUUUUUUAACUGGAGGGGUGACAUGCCUUUCACUUUUGUUUAACUAUCUAAUAAAAAAAAAGCAACAAAACUUACAGAUUUGAAGUAAUCAUCGUCUCUGUUGUAAUGAAAAUACUGGCCUUAUCUACAUAGCUUGUCUCUGAGAGUUUCGUUAGGGUAUACCACUACCUCUCAUGUCGUUUUCAGUGAUUUCACAUCUAGUUAUUGAUGUAAACAUUUCUAUUUAGACCUACUUGAAGCCUAACACUGUAAAAAGAAAAAGAGAAAUUUGUGCACGGGGGGGGGGGG